CCAGCCAGCUUAUAAAUAGGGGCGUUGGCGCGAGCGACGAACAGUCGGUGUCUGAGGGGAAAAGAGGCGGAAGUGCGGCUUGGGGAGGAGCAAAGCACAGUUGGCUUGGAAGAAAAAGCGGGGGUGCCCUCGUAUAGACCCGAAAAUGGACCCUACUGGUGUCAAGGUGCUGGAAACAGCAGAAGACAUCCAAGAGAGGCGUCAGCAGGUCUUGGACCGGUACCACCGGUUCAAGGAGCUCUCUACCUUGAGACGCCAGAAGCUUGAAGAUUCCUACAGGUUCCAGUUCUUCCAGCGCGAUGCCGACGAGCUGGAAAAAUGGAUCCAGGAGAAGCUCCAGAUUGCGUCUGACGAAAAUUAUAAGGACCCGACCAAUCUGCAGGGGAAACUGCAGAAGCACCAAGCCUUUGAAGCAGAGGUGCAAGCCAAUGCAGGGGCUAUCAUUAAGCUGGACGAGACUGGAAACCAGAUGAUCAACGAAGGGCAUUUUGCUUGUGAAACCAUAAGGACUCGACUGCAGGAACUUCACCGGCUCUGGGAGCAGCUGCUGGAGAAGAUGCGAGAUAAGGGCGUGAAGCUCCUGCAGGCCCAGAAACUCGUGCAGUAUUUACGAGAAUGCGAAGACGUGUUGGACUGGAUCAAUGACAAGGAGGCAAUCGUGACCUCUGAAGAGCUCGGCUUGGACCUGGAGCACGUGGAGGUUUUGCAGAAGAAAUUUGAGGAGUUCCAGACGGACCUGGCAGCCCACGAAGAGCGGGUGAACGAAGUGAACCAGUUUGCCGGCAAGCUGAUCCAGGAGCAGCAUCCCGAAGAAGAGCUGAUCAAGUCUAAACAAGAUGAAGUCAACGCAAGCUGGCAGCGUCUGAAGGGGCUGGCUCUCCAGAGACAAGGGAAGCUCUUUGGAGCCGCCGAGGUGCAGCGUUUUAACAGAGACGUGGAUGAAACUAUAAGCUGGAUUAAAGAGAAGGAGCAGCUGAUGGCGUCUGAUGAUUUCGGCAGAGACCUUGCGAGCGUGCAAGCUCUGCUGCGCAAACACGAAGGCUUGGAGCGGGACCUGGCUGCUCUGGAAGACAAGGUGAAGGCCUUGUGCUCGGAGGCAGACAGGCUACAGCAGUCCCACCCUCCCAAUGCCUCUCAGAUCCAUGUGAAGCGGGAGGAGCUGAUUGCCAACUGGGAGCAGAUCCGCACUCGGGCAGCCGAGAGGCACGCUCGCCUAAAUGAUUCCUACAGGCUGCAGCGCUUCCUUGCAGACUUCCGUGAUCUCACCAGCUGGGUGACCGAAAUGAAGGCUCUGAUUAAUGCUGACGAACUUGCCAACGAUGUGGCCGGAGCUGAGGCCCUGCUAGACAGACAUCAGGAACAUAAGGGAGAAAUUGAUGCCCAUGAAGACAGUUUCAAAUCUGCUGAUGAAUCCGGACAGGCCCUCCUCGGUGCUGGUCACUACGCCUCUGAUGAAGUCAAAGAGAAGCUGACCAUCCUUUCGGACGAAAGAGCUGCCCUUCUGGAGCUGUGGGAGCUCCGUCGGCAGCAGUACGAACAGUGCAUGGACCUGCAGCUCUUCUACCGGGACACGGAGCAAGUGGAUAACUGGAUGAGCAAACAAGAAGCCUUCUUGCUAAAUGAAGAUCUUGGAGACUCUCUAGACAGUGUGGAAGCCCUGGUGAAGAAGCAUGAGGACUUCGAGAAGUCCCUCAGUGCCCAGGAAGAGAAAAUCACAGCCCUGGAUGAAUUUGCUACCAAACUGAUUCAGAAUAACCACUAUGCUAAGGAAGACGUCGCUACCCGCCGAGAUGCUCUCCUGAGUCGCCGCAACGCUCUGCACGAACGGGCCACAUGUCGCCGGACUCAGCUCUCAGAUUCCUUCCACCUGCAGCAGUUUUUCCGAGACUCCGACGAGCUGAAGAGCUGGGUGAACGAAAAGAUGAAAACGGCAACCGAUGAGGCUUACAAGGAUCCGUCCAAUCUGCAAGGAAAAGUCCAGAAACACCAAGCGUUCGAGGCGGAGCUCUCCGCGAACCAAAGCCGCAUCGACGCGCUGGAGAAGGCGGGCCAGAAGUUGAUUGACGUCCAGCACUAUGCCUCGGACGAGGUGGCAGCUCGCAUGAAUGAGGUCAUCAGCUUGUGGAAGAAGCUGCUGGAAGCGACUGAACUGAAAGGGAUCAAGCUCCGCGAAGCCAACCAACAGCAGCAAUUUAACCGCAACGUGGAAGACAUUGAGCUGUGGCUGUACGAGGUGGAAGGCCACUUGGCCUCCGACGAUUAUGGCAAAGACCUCACCAACGUCCAGAACCUCCAGAAGAAACACGCCCUGCUGGAGGCCGACGUUGCCGCUCACCAGGAUCGCAUCGAUGGCAUCACCAUCCAGGCCCGCCAGUUCCAGGAGGCUGGCCACUUUGAUGCCGAUAAUAUAAAGAAGAAGCAGGAGGCCCUGGUAGCCCGCUACGAAGCCCUGAAGGACCCGAUGGUUGCCCGCAAGCAGAAGCUGGCUGACUCCCUUCGCCUGCAACAGCUUUUCCGUGACGUUGAGGACGAAGAAACCUGGAUCAGAGAGAAGGAGCCCAUCGCUGCUUCGACUAACAGAGGCAAGGACCUGAUUGGGGUCCAGAACUUGCUGAAGAAGCACCAGGCUUUGCAAGCGGAGAUUGCCGGCCACGAGCCCCGCAUCAAAGCCGUCACCCAGAAAGGAAACGCCAUGGUGGAAGAAGGACACUUUGCCGCUGAGGACGUGAAGGCCAAAUUGAACGACCUGAACCAGAAAUGGGAAUCCUUGAAAGGCAAGGCCUCCCAGCGUCGGCAAGACCUGGAGGAUUCUUUGCAAGCCCAGCAGUACUUUGCCGAUGCCAACGAGGCAGAGUCCUGGAUGAGGGAAAAGGAGCCCAUUGUGGGCAGCACGGAUUAUGGGAAGGAUGAGGACUCUGCUGAGGCCCUUCUCAAGAAGCAUGAAGCCCUGAUGUCCGAUCUCUCUGCCUACGGAAGCAGCAUUCAGGCACUGCGGGAGCAGGCCCAGUCAUGCCGGCAACAAGUCGCUCCCAUGGAUGACGAAACGGGCAAAGAACUCGUCCUGGCUCUGUACGAUUACCAAGAGAAGAGUCCCCGGGAGGUUACGAUGAAGAAGGGAGACAUCCUGACUCUGUUGAACAGCACCAACAAAGACUGGUGGAAAGUGGAAGUGAACGACCGCCAGGGCUUUGUGCCGGCUGCCUAUGUGAAGAAACUAGACCCGGCGCAGUCUGCCUCCCGAGAGAACCUCCUGGACGAGCAAGGCAGCAUUGCUCUGCGGCAGGAGCAGAUCGACAACCAGACUCUCAUAACUAAGGAGGCCGGCAGCGUCUCUCUGCGUAUGCAACAGGUUGAAGAACUGUACCACUCCCUCCUCGAACUGGGGGAGAAGCGCAAAGGCAUGCUGGAGAAGAGCUGCAAGAAGUUCAUGCUCUUCCGGGAGGCCAACGAGCUCCAGCAGUGGAUCAACGAGAAGGAGGCGGCCCUCACCAACGAGGAGGUCGGCGCCGAUCUGGAGCAGGUGGAGGUGCUGCAGAAGAAAUUUGAUGACUUCCAGAAGGACCUGAAGGCCAACGAGUCGCGACUGAAGGACAUCAACAAGGUGGCCAACGACCUGGAAUCCGAAGGGCUGAUGGCCGAAGAAGUACAGGCGGUGCAACAGCAGGAAGUCUAUGGAAUGAUGCCACGGGAUGAAACUGAUUCCAAGACGGCAUCUCCUUGGAAGUCUGCAAGAUUGAUGGUGCACACAGUGGCAACAUUUAACUCUAUCAAGGAGCUGAAUGAACGCUGGAGAUCUCUCCAGCAGCUAGCCGAAGAACGCAGCCAGCUUUUGGGAAGCGCCCACGAGGUUCAGAGAUUCCACAGAGACGCUGAUGAGACCAAGGAAUGGAUUGAAGAAAAGAAUCAGGCUCUAAACACAGACAACUAUGGCCACGAUCUGGCGAGCGUCCAGGCACUGCAGCGCAAGCACGAGGGCUUUGAGAGGGAUCUCGCCGCUCUCGGAGACAAGGUGAACUCUCUCGGCGAGACUGCGGAACGCCUGAUUCAGUCCCACCCGGAGUCUGCUGAAGACCUCCAAGAAAAAUGCACUGAGCUGAACCAGGCCUGGAGCAGCCUGGGGAAGCGGGCCAACCAGCGCAAGGAGAAACUUGGGGACUCCCACGACCUGCAGCGUUUCCUCAGUGAUUUCAGGGAUCUUAUGUCUUGGAUCAAUGGAAUCCGUGGGCUGGUGUCCUCAGACGAACUGGCCAAGGAUGUGACCGGAGCUGAGGCUUUACUGGAGAGACACCAGGAACACCGCACGGAAAUCGACGCCAGGGCUGGCACGUUCCAGGCCUUUGAGCAGUUUGGGCAGCAGCUCCUGGCACACGGGCACUAUGCCAGUCCAGAGAUCAAGGAGAAGCUGGACAUCCUCGACCAAGAACGGGCCGACUUGGAGAAAGCCUGGGUCCAGCGCCGAAUGAUGUUGGACCAGUGCCUGGAAUUGCAGCUGUUCCACAGAGACUGUGAGCAAGCAGAGAACUGGAUGGCUGCCCGGGAGGCUUUCUUGAACACGGAAGACAAAGGCGAUUCUUUAGACAGUGUGGAGGCUCUCAUUAAGAAACACGAGGACUUUGACAAGGCAAUCAAUGUUCAGGAGGAAAAGAUUGCAGCCCUCCAGUCUUUUGCGGAUCAACUGAUUUCCGCUGACCACUAUGCGAAAGGGGUCAUUGCCAACCGACGGAACGAGGUGCUGGACAGGUGGCGCCGACUAAAAGCUCAGAUGAUCGAGAAGAGGUCAAAGCUCGGAGAAUCACAGACUCUCCAGCAGUUCAGCCGAGACGUCGAUGAAAUUGAGGCUUGGAUCAGCGAGAAGCUCCAGACUGCGAGUGACGAAUCGUAUAAGGAUCCCACCAAUAUCCAGCUUUCCAAACUGCUGAGCAAACACCAGAAGCACCAAGCCUUUGAAGCAGAGCUCCACGCCAACGCAGACCGGAUCCGUGGAGUCAUCGAUGUGGGGAAUUCGCUCAUUGACCGCGGAGCUUGUGCCGGCAGCGAAGAUGCCGUGAAGGCCCGCCUGGCUGCCCUGGCCGACCAGUGGCAGUUCCUGGUGCAGAAGUCGGCCGAGAAGAGCCAGAAACUGAAGGAGGCCAACAAGCAGCAGAAUUUCAACACGGGGAUCAAGGACUUUGACUUCUGGCUUUCCGAGGUGGAAGCAUUGCUUGCCUCCGAAGAUUACGGGAAGGACCUGGCCUCUGUGAACAAUCUCCUGAAGAAGCAUCAGUUGCUGGAAGCAGACAUCUCUGCGCAUGAGGACCGCUUAAAAGAUCUCAACGGCCAGGCCGACAGCCUGAUGACCAGCAGUGCUUUCGACACCUCCCAAGUGAAAGACAAGCGCGACACGAUCAACGGGCGUUUCCAGCGGAUCAAGAACAUGGCAGCUGCCCGCCGGGCCAAGCUCAACGAGUCCCAUCGCCUGCACCAGUUCUUCCGGGACAUGGACGACGAAGAGUCCUGGAUCAAAGAGAAGAAGCUGCUAGUUAGCUCGGAAGAUUACGGCAGAGACCUGACUGGAGUUCAGAACCUGAGGAAGAAGCACAAGCGCCUGGAGGCCGAGCUGGCAGCACACGAACCCGCCAUCCAGGGCGUGCUGGACACAGGGAAGAAGCUGUCGGACGACAACACCAUUGGCAAGGAGGAGAUCCAGCAGAGGCUGGCCCAGUUUGUGGACCACUGGCAGGAGCUCAGGAAGCUGGCUGCUGCCCGCGGUCAGCGGCUGGAGGAAUCCCUGGAGUACCAGCAGUUCGUGGCGAAUGUGGAAGAGGAGGAGGCUUGGAUCAAUGAGAAGAUGACGCUUGUGGCCAGUGAGGAUUACGGCGAUACCCUUGCUGCCAUCCAGGGCUUGUUGAAGAAGCACGAAGCUUUUGAAACGGAUUUCACUGUGCACAAGGACAGAGUGAACGACGUCUGUGCGAACGGUGAAGACCUCAUUAAGAAGAACAACCACCACGAAGAGAACAUUACGGCAAAGAUGAAGAGCCUAAGGGGCAAAGUGUCUGACCUGGAGAAAGCCGCAGCCCAGAGAAAGGCCAAGCUGGACGAGAAUUCCGCCUUCCUCCAGUUCAACUGGAAAGCCGACGUGGUGGAAUCGUGGAUAGGCGAGAAAGAAAAUAGCCUCAAGACAGAUGACUACGGCCGAGAUCUCUCUUCCGUGCAGACGCUCCUCACCAAACAGGAAACCUUUGACGCCGGCCUCCAGGCAUUCCAGCAGGAAGGGAUUGCCAACAUCACCACCCUGAAAGACCAGCUCCUGGCAGCCAAGCAUGUCCAGUCCAAAGCCAUUGAGGCCCGGCACGCAGCCCUCAUGAAUCGCUGGAACCAGCUGCUGGCCAACUCCGCAGCCAGGAAGAAGAAGCUCCUGGAGGCCCAAGAGCAUUUCCGGAAGGUUGAAGAUCUGUUCCUGACCUUUGCCAAGAAAGCGUCGGCCUUCAACAGCUGGUUUGAGAAUGCAGAGGAGGACCUGACAGACCCCGUGCGCUGCAACUCACUGGAGGAGAUCAAGGCACUGCGAGAGGCGCACGACGCCUUCCGCUCCUCGUUGAGCUCCGCCCAGGCCGACUUCAACCAAUUGGCUGAGCUGGACCGUCAAAUCAAGAGCUUCCGGGUCGCCUCCAACCCGUACACCUGGUUCACCAUGGAAGCUCUGGAGGAGACCUGGAGGAACCUGCAGAAGAUCAUCAAGGAGCGUGAGCUGGAACUGCAGAAGGAGCAACGCAGGCAAGAGGAGAAUGACAAGUUGCGCCAGGAAUUUGCUCAGCACGCCAACGCUUUCCACCAGUGGAUCCAGGAGACCAGGACCUACCUACUUGACGGCAUAGCAUAUCGCCGUGUCAUUCGUGUCUAUCAGUAUGAAGUUGGGGAUGAUCUGUCUGGAAGGUCCUGUAUGGUGGAAGAAUCGGGAACCCUGGAAUCCCAGCUGGAAGCGACCAAACGCAAGCAUCAAGAGAUCCGAGCCAUGCGGAGCCAGCUGAAGAAGAUCGAGGACCUGGGGGCGGCGAUGGAGGAAGCUCUGAUCCUGGACAACAAGUACACGGAGCACAGCACCGUGGGGCUCGCACAGCAGUGGGACCAGCUGGACCAACUCGGGAUGCGGAUGCAGCACAACCUGGAGCAGCAGAUACAGGCCAGAAACACAACUGGAGUCACUGAAGAGGCCCUCAAGGAGUUCAGCAUGAUGUUCAAACACUUCGACAAGGAUAAAUCAGGCCGCCUGAAUCACCAGGAGUUUAAGUCCUGCCUGCGCUCUCUAGGCUACGAUUUGCCCAUGGUGGAGGAAGGAGAACCGGAUCCAGAGUUUGAGGCGAUUCUUGACACAGUUGAUCCUAACAGGGAUGGACACGUCUCGCUGCAGGAGUACAUGGCGUUUAUGAUCAGCAGGGAGACCGAGAACGUGAAGUCCAGUGAGGAGAUCGAAAGCGCGUUCCGGGCCCUGAGCUCCGAGGGCAAGGCCUUUGUGACCAAGGAGGAACUCUACCAAAACCUGACCCGGGAACAGGCAGAUUACUGCAUCUCUCACAUGAAGCCCUACAUGGACAGCAAAGGCAGAGAACUGCCCACUGCCUACGACUACAUUGAAUUUACACGCUCCCUCUUUGUGAAUUGAUCACCCAGCACCGCACGUUCCGGAGAAUGCGCUCGCGUCUGUCGCCUCUUCGCUCGCUCUGCAUGUUGUCCAACUGUGUUGCGCUCCAAACUAGUCAAUGUCCCUUUUGGAUGUACCUUUAAAACCGCUUCGCUUAACGCUCUCUUCUUAGUACCAAGAGCCAAAAAGUGUUGCCGUGUGCUUCAGUAAAAGUUACUGGUCCAAGUGAAA